CGCGUUCCCGCGCUUCGAGCGCCAAUCAGCGGCCAGUGUCGCGGCGAGUGCGUGCGCGAGCGCGCGUUCCACUUUCAAAUUUAAAAUUACGUUCGAAACUAUUCAGCCAGUGUUAUUGAAAUAGUGUUUAGUUUAGUGUUUACUUUUUUAUGAAUCGUUGUGGAUAUUAAACCUUUUUGGUUGAACGGAAUUGGAGUUUCUAAUUUAAGAUCACCGCCCUCUGAAGACAUCAAGAAAACUGUCAUCUCAUUCUAUGAGAAGAUGUAGUGUUUCCUAUUCUUGACUUCAUACAACACCCAAACUGCAAUCAUGACAACCAGUAGACAAAACAGCAGACAGAACACAAAAUAUCGAACAAUCUAGACCAUUUUGAGGUCUCAAGAAACCAGAAGAACAUAAUAGAAUACUUACUGAAGAAUAAUGAGAAUUGACAAAAGGUCUGGAAGAUCUAGAAGAUUCGAUACCCCAGGAAUGUGAUAAGGUUGUGUUAGAAGCAAUAGAGCAAGAUGUCGACGAGUAACGAACUGAGUGACAUUGAGACGCCGAAGCUUCGCAUGAAGCCGGCCGUCAGCAGGAUAUUUUGCUGCAGCGUUACUGCCGCUUCGGGCUUCGUUGCAGCUUAUGCUUUAGUAGCAUACGCGAUCGCUCUAAUCUACGAGAUCGUAUGGGUGGUGGAAUCUCAGAGCGGGCUGCCGCUCGCCUCCGCCCUGCUGAUGGUGUGCUACUGUAUCGUCAUCGCAGCCACUGUGGUGCUGGUGCAUGGCCUUAUAUCUAAAAACAACAGAUGUCUGCUGGCGUGGUUGAUAGCAGUCAUACUGGUCCUCAUUCCAGAAUGUGCUCUAGUCUUUUACAUGUCUAUAAGCCAUUGGGGGCUACAAGGAGUGUACGGUGGUGCUGAGCUGGCGUGCUACGUGGCGCGUCUUCCUGCCAUCGUGUGUGGUGUCGUGCUCGUGCAGUCAGCUUAUGCACUUCGAGAAGCUAGGAAAGCGGGCUACAGCGCAAACGGCGCGGUGAGCGGCAGCGAGUUCGACGCGAGCCACUUCGUGCCCGACGCGCCCAAUGCCUUCACCAACGAUGGCUUCCUGCAGGACAACGGUAAAUCCGGCUCCAUGCCGGAUCUCCGUCGUCACCUAGCAAGCCGACAGUCCAUGAACCUCGGCUACCCACCGCACAUGUUACCCCAGCCACCACCAGCCUACUGGCAGCACCUCGCUGACAGACAAUACGCCGCCAGUCUCCGAGGCUACCCCAAGUCCUACCAGUCCCCACAAAUGUACGGCACCUGGGUCGGACCCAGAUCCGGACCAUACGACAACCCUUACAAACGCAGACAUUCUAUAGUCGGCGCCUUCCAAACUGACGAAUACCCACCAAAAGGCUACGACUACGAAGACAGAAUGGACUGCAAGAGCGAAAUGGCUUACCCUUACUAUAGAUCCUACCCUUACGAUCCGAGAGUUUACCCCCCAGAUUACGACCCCAGAUUUUACCCAGAAUAUAAAAGGGAAGACGCGGCGUAUGGAGUGAACUUGCUAAGACAUGAACCUUAUCAUUUUAGUGGAUCUAGAGAGAGGGUGUUCUAUGGUUUACGCAAUAGUCAUACGUCUGUAGGUAAUGAGUCCGAUGAUUUAACUAAAUAUAAGGAUGUCGCGCUUUAGAUAUUGUAUAUUUUUCUAUUGUUAAUUAUAUGAUGUUUGUAAGCUGUAUUUAAGCAAAACUGCAAUGCUGAAGUUACUUAUUAUUAUCUAUUGUAAGCAACAAUGCAAUAUAGAUAGUUCAACUCAGAUUUGCGCGCGGCCCUAUGUGUGCGUCGGCUUGUAAAUAUACAACUUUCAUUCGUGUGACAGUGACGUCGUCCGAGGAUGACGUGUUCUUAUCGCUUUUUGUUAUGGGUACAGUCGUUUACGAAAAUGUCUAGUACUUCACGGAGAAAAUGUUUAAGGAGUCAGGUAGCGUUUCAAAAAAUGAAACAUUCAAAUCUUUUUAUUAUUGCAUUUUACAGUCUUUCAUUAUUUUCUCAUACGUUUUUUCAAAUUGACAUUGACAGUAUCUAAGAAAUAAAUGAGGUGAAAUAUCUAAGAUGAAUUAAAUACUUCUUAAAUAUUUUCUAACUCGGGAUACGCGGACAAAAAAUAAAAGUGUGGACUAAGAAUGUAAAAAGACGUAUAAUCUAGUAUAAUAAUGUAAACAAAAUGUGUGGGGAAUUAAAAAAAAUUAUAUUGCUUCGCAAUAAUAAUCGUUUAAUAAUGUCGACCAAAAUAAGACGGAAAUAAUGAAACUCAUAAAUGAACGUUUAAGUCAAAUUGAUAAACGGGUGUUGGGUAAUACUUGUCGACAUGUACAAAAGAAAAAAGAAGAAUACCUACUGUAGACAUUUUGACCUGUAGUCAAAAUUUAUAAUUGACCUUGGUGAGACUAGCGAAUCUGAAAAUUUAUCAUUUACUUUUUCAAGUAGCGAUUCAGAAUCAUUAUAAAUAAAUAAACAUUAAAUUACGUAAUCACUGUUUUUCUUUAAACAGCCGUAUACAACCCCUAAAUAACUUUAUUUGUACCCGACUGUACCUCUUGUCACGCUCAUAAAGUCACUGUAUAUGUACAAGGGUUACCCACACAUAAGGCCGCGCGCAAGACUGAGUUGAACUUACUAUACAAGGUUCUAUUCAACCUUAUUGCCUUUUUUCAAGAUGGCAGUCAAAGAGGUUCGAAUUUAAAAAAAUAAUUAUACUUACGAGUUGAGUAACUAAUAAAAAUAGAGACAUAUUUUUACGUGUAAAAUCUAUAUUUUUUUAAUACUUAGGUUACAAAAGAAUAUAUGUAAGAAUACUUAAGUAAGUGUUAUUAUAUAGUUAGUUUAGUUACCUAAUUAACCAAAGGUAUUUUACAGUUAAUUGUAAGUAGGUGCUAUAAAUAACAAUUAUGUAAACCAACAUGAAAUCAGUCACUAUCUUUUAUAAAUUGAAUAAAUAUAUUGAAUUUGUAUGAUA